CAACCACACGCCAGCCCAACCACAUCUCUCCCAACGCGACCGCAUCAACGACGCCCCUCUUUGGUAUGAUUAAUGACGAAUCUGAAUAAUUGAGAAGAACGAUACCCGCCGAUAAACGAGCAUCACCAAACGAAACCCCGAUACGGCCAGCCCGACGACAGCACCCCCACACCUGCCCCAACCCCGAACCUCCACAUCCGAUAGCGAUACAUACUCCAUUCAAACCAAGAUGGCCAACAUUCUCGACAGUGAAGCCGGCACGGAGCUCUUCAAGCACUAUGAGACGGAAUACCAGCUGGUCCAGGCCGACUUGGUCCAGAAGCUCGACCAAAUCUCGGAGCUGACGGGCGAGCCCAGGAAAGCCGCCCUUAGCACGGCCGAGCGCGCCCUGGAGGAGGCCGGCGAGCUGCUGGACCAGAUGAACAUGGAGAAGCAGAACGUGCCCAGCUCGUCGCGGACCGCCAUCAACAAGCGACUGCGCGACUACCGAAGCGACGUGGACAAGUAUCGUCGCAAGCUGCAGACGCUGGCGACCGACCGGAGCGCCCUGUUCGGCGGCAGAUACACCGAUAACCCGGGCUCGUCGAGUGGCGAUAGGCAUUUUGAGCAGAGGCAGCAGCUGCUAUCUGGCACCGACCGGCUCGAUCGGAGCACACAACGCCUCAAGGCCAGUCAGGCGCUGGCCGCCGAGACAGAGGCCAUUGGCGCCAGCACCCUGGCCGACCUGCACCGCCAACGCGAAGUCAUUGAGCACACCACCACGAUACUAUACGAGAGUGAAGGCUAUGUGGACCGAAGUGUCAAGACACUAAAGGGCAUGGCACGCAGGAUGGCUACGAAUCGGAUAAUCACCAUUGCUAUCAUUACCGUGCUGGUUCUGCUUAUCAUUGCGGUUAUCGUUAGCAAGUUCAGGUGAUUGUCUUCAGAGAGCUGAGUGAAUCCAUAAAGAAGGAAAUACAACAGGAGGUAGAACAGACAGGGGUAUUCAGUGACAUCACAAUAUAUACGAACAGGUGGUGGAUGAUUUGGACUGUACCGAUGGAGCGUUUGUUAUAACAGAGACAUGUUCCAGUUGUUUUUUCGUAUCGUAGGGAUGGUAUCGUACGGGGGGUUGUAUUUUUACACAGACGGCGUCACAAAGGGAGGUGGUUUCGAAAUUCAGACGUAUUUCUUUCUCAUGAC